AUGAAGAAGAUCUUCAGCCCCUGGAGUAAGCAGCGGCAGCCGGCCCCAGGCUUUGUCACCAGCCUGCGGAAGAUCAGGGGCAGCGUCGCCUGUGACACUGGCAGCAUUGAUGAGACCUUCACGCAGCCCAGGUACCACAUCCGAGCCCAAGAUCUGGGCAAGAUCCACAAAGCUGCCAGCGGGGGUCAAGUGGGCAAAGUACAGCAGCUCCUCUUCCUCGGGAAAAGCGACGUGAACGAGAGAGACAAGAAGAGAAGGACUGCUCUGCAUUUGGCCUGUGCCAAUGGCCAUAUAGAAGUGGUAAAGUUCCUGCUGAGCAGAAAAUGUGAAGUUGACAUGGGUGAUAAUGAAGACAGGACACCUUUGAUGAAGGCUAUACAACACCAGGAAACAGAAUGUGCAUUUAAUCUGCUAGACUAUGGAGCAGAUCCAAAUAUAACGGAUGACUACGGCAACACUGCUCUCCACUAUGCUGUGUACAGUGGGAAUAUAGUUUUAAUAACAAAACUGCUUUCAUGUGGUGCAAAUAUCGAAACCAAAAACAAGAAGCAACUUACCCCACUGUUACUUGCCAUAAAUGGAAAAAAUCUUAAAAUGGUGGAAUUCUUGGUAAAGAAUAAAGCAGAUAUAAAUGCAGUUGAUAAAUAUGAAAGCAUUUCUGGCACUCUGGAUGUUGAUGACGACUUACGGCAUACUCCAGAGCAUGAAGACUUUGACUCUGACACCAAGCAAUGGUUUGGUGCAGUGGUGUUUCAGUCCGCAGCAAUCACGGUCGGACACAUCCAGCGCCUCGGUGCAGCCUGGGUGCAGCCUCAGUGCAGCGGUAACACAGCAAGGAAGGACCAGGACGUAUCUGCACUGAAAACCGUGGAAAGAAGCACCAAGUGCCUGACCCCUUAG